AUGGGCGCGAAGAAGUGCGUUCUUGUGCUACAAGAUGGAACGAGAUGGGAGGGAGAAGCGUUCGGCGCGGAGGUCAGCGUUACAGGAGAAGCUGUCUUCCAAACAGGAAUGGUCGGAUAUCCUGAGGCCCUGACGGACCCUUCCUACUGCAAGCAGAUCCUAGUCAUUACAUACCCUCUUGUAGGAAACUAUGGCGUUCCAGGAGAUGACAAAGAUGAACUGGGCAUUCUCAAAUAUUUCGAGUCGAACAAGAUUCACAUUGCUGCGCUAGUGGUUUCUACUCUGAGCGAGGACUACAGUCACUGGCGAGCAAAGAAAUCUUUGUCAGACUGGCUGAAGGAGCAGGGGAUCCCAGGCAUCUCAGGGGUUGAUACCAGAGCGCUGACCAAGACUCUGCGUGAGCAUGGCUGUUGCUUGGGAAAGCUGGUCAUGGAUGGAGAUAACGAGAACCAGAUCCAGUUCGCAGACCCCAAUAAGCUGAAUCUGGUUGCCGAGGUCUCUUGCAAGCAGCCGCAAGUCUACAAUGCUGGAGCAGCAGUCAAGGUCACCAUGGUGGACUGCGGAAUGAAGCUGAACCAGCUCCGCUGUCUCUGCGCGCGAGGAGCGGAGGUCACUGUAGUCCCCUGGGACUAUGACUUCGUGAGCAACGCUAGCUGGGAUGGUCUCUUCAUCAGCAACGGGCCUGGUGACCCAGAGAUGGCGAGCGUGACCGUCUCGAACAUCAAGAAGGUGCUGGAGGGCAUGAGGACAGGAAAGAUGCCGGUGAAGCCUUUGUUUGGAAUCUGUCUUGGCCACCAGCUCCUGUCCCUCUCUGCAGGGGCUACGACGUACAAGCUUCCUUACGGGAAUCGCGGACACAACCAGCCCUGCAUCCAGGUGGGGACGAAACAUUGCUUCAUUACUUCCCAGAACCACGGGUUCGCUGUUGAUGAGAGCAAGAUGCCUGAGGGUUGGCUGCCUCUGUUCCGCAAUGCCAACGACAACACCAAUGAGGGAAUCGUCCACGAGAGCAUGCCCUUCUUUUCUGUGCAGUUUCAUCCUGAAGCUAGAGCUGGACCCGAGGACACGGAGGGAUUGUUCGAUGUUUUUGUGAACGCCGCCAAGACUUACAAAUCUGGAAACACUGUGGAUAUGCGCAAGAGCAUCACUCAGAAGAAAGUUCUUGUGUUGGGCUCGGGAGGGUUGUCCAUUGGUCAGGCUGGAGAGUUUGACUACUCUGGCUCUCAAGCGAUCAAAGCGCUGCGCGAAGAAGGAGUACAGACAGUUCUGAUUAAUCCAAAUGUCGCUACAGUGCAGACGGCCAAGGGAUUGGCAGACAAAGUUUACUUCCUACCGGUGACUCCAGACUACGUGAUCCAGGUCCUGAAGCACGAGAGGCCCGACGGCCUGCUGCUGUCGUUCGGAGGCCAGACUGCCCUCAACUGUGGGAUUGCUCUCUAUCGCAAAGGCGUUUUGGAGCAGUACGGCUGCCGAGUUCUCGGAACUCCCGUGGAAACAAUCAUCUCGACUGAAGAUCGACAGAUCUUCUCCGACAAGCUUGCAGAGAUCAAUGAAAGAAUCGCUCCAAGCUUCUCCGCUGACUCGCCGCAGGAAGCAGAAAAAGCAGCUCUCAAACUUGGUUUCCCUGUCAUUGUACGAGCGGCAUAUGCUCUUGGUGGUCUUGGCUCUGGAUUUGCCUACGACAUGGGCCAGCUCAAGAGUUUGGUCGCCGUCUCCUUCUCGCACUCGCCGCAGGUUCUUGUGGAGAAGUCUCUGCGUGGCUGGAAGGAGAUCGAGUACGAGGUCGUUCGUGACGCCUGGGGGAACUGUAUCACUGUCUGCAACAUGGAGAAUUUCGACCCUCUCGGCAUCCACACCGGCGAGUCGAUCGUCGUAGCUCCCUCACAGACGUUGGACAACCACGACUACAACAUGCUGCGCAACACUGCUGUCAAGGUCGUGCGGCACCUCGGGGUGGUUGGAGAGUGCAACAUCCAGUAUGCGCUAGACCCUCACUCCAACGACUACUUCAUCAUCGAAGUCAAUGCCCGUCUCUCUCGCUCCUCAGCGUUGGCCUCCAAGGCAACUGGCUACCCGCUGGCGUACGUGGCUGCCAAGCUCGCGCUGAACUACCCUCUUCCCGACCUGAGAAACUCAGUGACGGGGAAAACGACUGCCUGCUUCGAGCCUUCUCUUGAUUACUUGGUCGUCAAGAUCCCCAGAUGGGACCUCAAGAAAUUCUCCAAAGUGUCGAACAAGAUUGGCAGCCAGAUGAAGUCUGUCGGAGAGGUGAUGGCGAUUGGAAGGAGGUUCGAGGAGGCGAUCCAGAAGGGGUUGAGAAUGGUCGACUCCAACGAUGGCUUUGUUAGCGAUAUCAUCCCGGCGUCCGAGGACGAGAUCCGGGACGCCACAGACCAGCGCAUCUUCUCUCUGGCAACGGCGAUCGAGGAGGGCUGGAGCGUCGCCAAGCUCCACGAGCUCAGCAGCAUUGACAACUGGUUCCUGAACCGCCUGAAAGGAAUCAUCGAUUACAACCACCACCUGUCUCAGUACAAGAUCGAGAGUCUUCCCGCUGACGUUCUGCGCACCGCCAAGGCCCUCGGCUUCUCUGACAAGGUCAUCGCCAAGUGCACUCAGUCAUCCCAGCUCGCCGUCAGGCAGCAGAGGAAGAACUUUGGCAUCCUUCCCGUGGUGAAGCAGAUUGAUACGGUUGCCGCCGAAUACCCAGCAUGCACCAACUACCUCUACCUCACCUACAACGCAAAGGAGCACGAUCUCGAGCCGUCGAACCAGGCCGUGUUCGUGCUGGGCUCGGGAGUCUAUAGGAUCGGAUCUUCGGUGGAGUUUGACUGGUGCUCCGUGUGCUGCAUUCGUGAGCUGCGCAAGCUCGGGCACGAGACGAUCGUGCUGAACUGCAACCCGGAGACUGUGAGCACGGACUACGACGAGUCUGAGCGGCUCUUCUUCGACGAAAUCUCCUUCGAGGUUGUCAUGGACAUCUACGACCGUGAGAACCCCCUCGGCGUCGUGCUGUCUGUGGGAGGUCAGGCCUCCAACAACAUCGCCAUGCAGCUGUUCCGCCAGAACGUCAAGGUGCUGGGAACUUCCCCGGAGAUGAUCGACAACGCCGAGAAUCGCUACAAGUUCUCGCGCAUGCUUGACAAGCUGGGCAUCGACCAGCCGCAGUGGAAGGAGCUGUCGGACGUGGAGAGUGCCAAGGAGUUCUGCAACAGGGUCGGCUAUCCUUGCCUCGUCCGUCCCUCCUACGUCCUCAGCGGCGCCGCCAUGAACGUAGCACACUCAGACUCAGACCUGGAGUCGUACCUUGGAGCUGCCGUUGCAGUGUCCAAGGAGCACCCAGUGGUGAUCUCAAAGUUCAUCGAGAACGCCAAGGAGAUCGAGGUGGAUGCCAUUGCCAAGGACGGCGUCGUCGUCGCCUGUGUGAUCUCGGAGCACGUGGAGAACGCUGGUGUUCACUCCGGAGACGCAACCAUCGUGUCUCCUGCUCAGGACCUGACGGACAGGACGCUGGAGGGCAUCAGGGACAUCAUGUUUGCAGUAGCGCAAGCUCUCUUCAUCUCGGGACCCUUCAACAUGCAGCUCAUGGCCAAGGACGACGAGCUGAAGGUCAUCGAGUGCAACGUCCGCGCCUCCCGCUCCUUCCCCUUCGUCUCCAAGGCCCUUGACCUCCCCCUCAUCCCCAUAGCCACCAGGAUCUUCAUGGGCGUCUCCGAGGGAGUCCCGACGACGCUGGCGGUCGGUCAGGCCAACUGGGUGGGUGUAAAGGUGGCUCAGUUCUCCUUCAACCGCCUCCCCGGCAGCGAUCCCCAGGUGGGCGUUGACAUGAUGAGCACAGGAGAGGUAGCGUGCUUCGGUGAGGACAGGAACGAGGCGUACCUCAAGGCGCUCCUCUCCACGGGCUUCAAGGCUCCCCCAGCCUCCAAACCCAUCCUCCUCUCGAUCGGCACCUACAGGAACAAGAUGGACUUCCUGCCCUCCGUGCGGCUGCUGGUCGAGCUGGGAUACAAGCUCUUCGGCAGCAAGGGGACAGCUGACUUCUACCUCGAAAACAACCUCGAGAUCACUCCCGUCGAUCUCCCCACCGAUAGUGAGGGAGGUUCCCAGCUCAACCUCAAGGAGAGCCAGUUCGGCCUCGUCAUCAACAUCCCAGCCAAGAGCAGGUUCCGCCGUCCAGCCUCCUACAACUCCCAGGGCUACCUCACCCGCACCAUGGCUGUCCUCCACUCUGUCCCGCUCAUCACGGACAUCAAGUGCGCCAAGAUCUUCGUCGAGGCCAUCUUCAAGUACGGCCUCUGCCCCCCCGUCCGCCCCAUCGUCGACUGCCGCACUGCCAACCGCACAGUCUCGCUCCCUGGCCUCAUCGACAUGCACGUGCAUGUUCGCGACCCUGGCGCCACCCACAAGGAGGACUGGGCGUCUUGCACGGCCUCGGCAGUCGCUGGCGGCGUCACCAUCGUCUGCGCGAUGCCUAACACAACCCCAGCUACCGUUGACAACGCGACCAUGCAGACGGUGAGGAACCGGGCGGCGACCAUGGCCAGGUGCGACUUCGCUUUGCUGGCGGGGGCGACCAUGCUCAACGCUCAGAGCGUGAAGACCAUCGACGGGGCUGUCGGGCUGUGUAUGGAGUUGGACUACGCGACGAGCCACGAGUUGAGGAUCGAGGACCUGACAGUCUGGAUGGCUCACUUCGAGAACUGCCCUCCCAACAUGCCCAUCGUGGUUCGCGCAGAGUCCAAGACACUGGCAGCCGUGCUGAUGAUGGCGAUGAUGUACGACAGGGCGAUCCACGUGUGCGCUCUCUCGCGCAGGGAGGAGAUCAUGGUGGUCCGCGAGGCGAAGAGGAGGGGCGCCAAGGUAACGUGCGGGGUCUGCCCGACGCAUCUCUUCCUGGUGGAGGACGACAUCGAAAAGAUCGGAGACAAGCUGUGCUCCAUCCGACCUCGACUUGCCACCUCCCAGGAUCGCCAGGCUCUUUGGGAGAACAUCGACAUCAUCGACGUCUUCUCCUCCCAUCACGCCCCCCACACCAAGGAGGAGAAGGAGAAAGAGGCUGUUCCCGGAUACCCAGGACUCGAGACCAUGCUCCCGCUCCUCCUCACCGCCGUCAACGAUGGACGGCUGACUAUCGAGGACCUCGUUCUCCGCCUGCACACCAACCCGCGCAAGAUCUUUGGGCUCGCGGAGCAGCCGGACACGUUCGUGGAGGUGGACCUCGACAGGACUUGGGAGAUCCCUGAGUCUCUUCCUCACACCAAGUGCGACUGGACGCCGUUCAAGGGACACAAGGUCCGGGGGGCUGUCUCGCGCGUCGUCAUUCGUGGAGAGCUGGUCUACCUGGAUGGGCAAGUGUUCUCCGAUCCUGGUUCAGGCAAGGAGAUGAGAGUCGAGAGCUCUCUCACCCAGCCCAACGCGCUGGCUGACUUCCGGGGUCACUCCAUCUUGUCAGUCUCGCAGUUCACCCGCGCGUUCAUGCACCAGCUCUUCAACCUCGCGCAUGACUUGCGCAUCUUCUCGCAGCGAGGCCCCCUCGACAUCCUCCGUGGCAUGUCGCUCGCCAGCAUCUUCUACGAGCCCUCCACUCGCACCAGCAGCUCCUUCACCGCUGCCAUGCAGAAGCUCGGGGGCACCGUCGUGGCUGUGCACGAAACGAACUCGUCGUCGGUGGUCAAGGGAGAGUCGCUCGAAGACUUCGUUCGCGUGAUGGAACGAUAUUGCGAUGUGGUCGUGCUGCGACAUCCAGAGAAAGGGGCCGUGCAGCGAGCACACAGCAAGAUGAGGAAGCCCAUCAUCAACGCGGGGGAUGGCACGGGCGAGCAUCCGACUCAGGCGCUGCUUGACAUCUUCACCAUCCGGGAAGAGAUCGGCACCGUCAACGGGCUGAACAUCGCUCUAGUGGGAGACCUCAAGCACGGGAGGACGGUCCACAGCCUGGCGGAGCUCAUCACCUUGUAUGAUAUCAAGCUGCACCUGGUGGCCCCUGAAGGCCUUGAGAUGCCUCGAGACAUCGUUGAGAGGCUCAGUCAGAAAGGAGCUAAGGUGAAGGAGCACAGGAGCGUGGAUGACGUCAUCGCUGAGGCCGAUGUUGUCUACGUGACGAGAGUUCAGAAGGAGAGAUUCACUGACCCGAGCGUCUAUGAAAGUGUCAAGUCUGCUUACAAGAUCACCGCCAAGACGCUGGCACGAGCGAAGCCCAACAUGAUCUUGAUGCACCCGCUCCCGCGUGUCGACGAGAUUCACGAGGAGUGCGACCUUGACCCGCGUUCCGUAUACUUCCGCCAGGCCGAGCAUGGCAUGUUCCUCCGGAUGGCGAUACUGACAACGAUCCUGGGGAAAAGCUAGGCUCCCUCGACCAUGUGAUGCAUUCUUAAGUUUGCGUUGUAAUCCACUCUUUGAUCUG